AUGCCCUCGACAAGUUUCCAAGACUGGUAUAUAGUAAAGAGAAACCUGGCUUCUAGUUCUAGAAAGAGAGUAGAGGGGUAUGGUGGGUCCCCCAUAUGGAAGCCAAACUUUCUUUAUGAAGCGGCACCAGAGAAAUACCGCGUCGCCUGGAAUUAUCGAGAGGUCAAUGGAUAUGAGGCGAUAAAGGACGAAUGGACGGAUGAAGAUGAGGAAAUGAUCCAUGAAUUCGGAGAUAACUUGAAAAAGCUCAAAAAGUAUUCCAAGGUUAUCAUGUCUUCGAGCAAUGCUGGUUCUCGAUUAUUUGGUGAUGAAGAUCCCUUUCCCAUUGUAAAUUCAGAUGAGGAAGUUACAGCCACUGCAGUCGCUGGCCAGAAGAAGAAAAAGAGGCAAAUCGAAACAAUGCACGACGCAAUGGUGAAGGUCCUGACCAAGCUCAGCAUCGAGCAGUUGCCUCUAUGGGAAGCCCUAUCGGGAGCCGUGGCUAAAAUGAAUUCUCCCUCAGACAUUUCGUCGUUCCCUGGAGAUGCCCCUACAAUCCUUGCCCAAGGCCCAAGUGAGGAGGAGCCCAUUCCUGAUGUGCCAGAUGAAUAUAUGGGGAUCGAGCUUGAAUAUGCUGACGAUGAAGCUAUUGAGGAGGAUGUAGCCGACACUGGCCAUUCCGGGGUGCAGAGAAAGGGUGGGGAGACGUCUCAAUCCAAGGAUACAUCGCCUGAUCGAGAUGCUGACGGUUGGUCUAUCCAUCGAGUCCACCUCAUGGUGUUGUCAGAGGAACAGGCAAAAGAGUUCCCCCUGUAUUCCAUGAUUAGUGGCAUUAUGACAGGUCGUGCAGACAUUCAUAGCGUCGAGACAAUAGAAAAGCUGGAGGUUGACCUUCUCGACGUGAUAUUCAUUGCCGCGAUGGAUAUGUUGAAGGAGAGAGUUCAGGAGGUCGAACUUCUCAUGGGAUAUAUUAGCGACCUGCAGAACUUACUAUUAGAUCACCAGAUUGACUUUCCAAUUUUUGAGAAACCUGAAGUCGUUGCUGAUCCCCGAACCCGGAGUUCUCGAGAGGAACUGCUCAUGAGGGUACAUGCCCAAGAUGAAGAGACUGUGGAUCUCAAAGAUAAGCUGAACCAAUGUGUAAAUCUUCUUAGUCAGCAUGGGUUCAAGGGGAUUAUUCGCCCUUCUCCUGAUAAUCCCAUCAGGGAAGUUCUUGUAAGAGUUUAG